AUGGAGAAGGCUGCGGCUCACUUGAAAGGUGGGGCCAAGAGGGUCAUCAUUUCUGCCCCAUCUGCUGAUUUCCAUGCUCUGAUGGGCAUGAACCAUGAGAAGUAUGACAACACCCUCAAGAUUGUCAGUAAUGUCUCCUGCACCACCAACUGCUUGGCCUCUCUGGCCAAGGUCAUCCAUGACAACUUUGGCAUCAUGGAGGGACUCCUGACCACAGUCCGUGCCAUCACUGCUACCCAGAAGACCACGGAUGACUCCUGUGGGAAGUUGUGGGAUGAUGUCCAAGGGUCUGUCCAGAAUAUCAUUCCUGCUUCUACUUCUUCCACCAAAGCUCUGCCAAAUAUGAGGGUGAAGCAGGCAUCAGAGAGCCCCCUCAAGGGCAUUCUGGGCUACAGUGAGAACCAGGUUGUCUCCUGCGACUUUAACAGUGACAUCCACUCUUCCACCUUCGGUGCUGGGGCUGGCACUGCCCUCAGUGACCACUGUGUCGAGCUCAUUUCCUGGUAUGACAAUGAAUUUGGCUCCAGCAGCCAAGAGGCGGACCCUAUGGUCCACAUGGCCUCUAAGGAGUAA